GAAUUUCACAAACAAUUAAUAAACAUUUAAAACAUAUUUGAUAUCAUUAUUAGUGAUUAAUAUUUCUAUAUUUCUGUUAUAAAUGUUUUCAAAGGAAUAUUCUUUAUAUAAAUGAUUGUAUUAUUAAUGAAACAAAACUUCUUUAUUUGAAAAAAUUGAUAGAAAAAUAUGAAGUUUACUAUUGUGUGGAUUAUUGCGGCGAUUAAUGUCUUGAAAGUCAAUUCUGAAAAUUAUUAUGAAAACAAUUGUCAAAUAAAGUCUUACGGAUUGAAAACCGUUGAAGCGAUUCAAGAAGCCAUCGAUAAGGCCGCAGACAAGUCAGUCAUUAAGUUGGAUCCGAUUACAUAUAAAGGCAAUCUAGAGAUCAAACGCGGCAAAUAUAUCACUCUUUUGGGUGACAAUCAGUGCAAUCAAAACACCAAAAUUGAAGGCAAAAUCAGUGUUAAUUCAGUCCAACAUUGGAUUAUUAAAUCACUGGUAAUUGAGUCGACAUCGAAGGCCAUCGAAGUUGUCAACUCUGUGGACAUAAAGCUGUUGAGUCUUGUGAUUCGCGGAAUUCGUGAGAACGGGAUUCAAGUGUUUCAGUCGUCUAAUGUUGUGAUUAAUAAUCUGGUUAUCAAUGAAAUAGCAAACAAUGCUUUGGAUAUUAGAGACUCUUCUGGAGUGGAAAUCAAUAAUAUCGUCGCCUCUAAUGUCAAUGGAGUCGCGAUUCUGUGUCAUAACUGUCCGAAUGUUGUCAUGAAGAACGACGUCAUUCGCAAUACGGGUCACGAAGCCAUUCAAGUCAGCGGUCAGUCAAACAACGGUCUGUUAUCGCAAUCAGUCAUCACCAGUGAUUCACCGCAGGGAAAGGCCUGGAUCUACAUUGAGGGCAACAACUGGCGAGUGGCCAACACUGUGGCGAAUGGCGCUCCGAGAAACGGAAUUGUGAUUAACGGUUGUAAUAAUCAAUUCAAUUCCAAUAUCUGUAAUAAUCGCGGAUCUGGUUAUUGUAUUUUCGCCACAAACGACAACCACAACAACAACUGUCCGCAAACUCUGGCCAUCACCAACAUCAACAAUGGCGGCUUAGGACUGACCAACCUGCCGUCCAAUAGGAAACCCAUGUUUGGUCCAAAUUUCCCGUUUGGCAAUAAAAGUCCGUUUGGCAAGAAUUUCCCGUUCGGCUAACCGUUUGUUGUGUUUAAUAUAUAUUAUAAAUCUCUAGAUUUUGUUUUUCUCUAUUAAUUAUCAAAUUUGUUGUUAAUAUUGUUAUUAAUAUUUAGUUUUAAUGUUUUAAACAAUAAAUUGUUAUUU